UGGCGGGUGGGCUCGAGCCCGCGAGGAUCCUGCCGGUCCUGGGAGGGGCCCCGGGCAGGCCCUGCUGUCUUCGCCGGUGCUGCAUCCCGCAGGGCCUGUGCUGCUUGACAUAAAGGCACAGCGCCUGAGGAUGCGCUCUCGCUCCCAGCCCUGCUAGCUGAGUGGGGCGCCUGGGAGCGGCCGCGGGGGGUCGGCUUUGGAUGCUCCGCACCUGGUGGGGUCUGUACGCCAAGGAGCCCACCUCCGGAAAGGAGCGAAACGAGAGCUGCCUGUUCUUACUCCAGCCCUUGACUCGAGCUGUCAUUCCUUUCGUGGUGCUUUCGCUUACAGUGCAGAAUGUAACCCAUCAAUAAAUCAGAGAAGCCUGAAAGCUGUGAUAAUGUGAAGGUGGUUGUUAGGUGCCGGCCCCUCAACGAGAGAGAGAAAUCAAUGUGCUAUAAACAAGCUGUCAGUGUGGAUGAGAUGAGGGGAACUAUUACUGUACAUAAGACUGAUUCUUCCAAUGAACCUCCAAAGACAUUUACUUUUGAUACUGUGUUUGGACCAGAGAGUAAACAACUUGAUGUUUAUAACUUAACUGCAAGACCUAUUAUUGAUUCUGUUCUUGAAGGCUACAAUGGGACUAUUUUUGCAUAUGGACAAACUGGAACAGGCAAAACUUUUACCAUGGAAGGCGUUCGAGCUGUUCCUGAACUUAGAGGAAUCAUUCCAAAUUCAUUUGCUCACAUAUUUGGUCAUAUUGCAAAAGCAGAGGGAGAUACAAGAUUUUUGGUUCGAGUGUCUUACUUGGAAAUAUAUAAUGAAGAAGUUCGUGACCUUUUGGGCAAGGAUCAGACACAGAGGUUAGAGGUUAAAGAAAGACCUGAUGUGGGAGUUUAUAUCAAAGAUUUAUCAGCUUAUGUGGUAAAUAAUGCUGACGAUAUGGAUAGAAUUAUGACUCUAGGCCACAAAAAUCGUUCUGUUGGCGCAACUAAUAUGAAUGAACACAGUUCCCGUUCCCAUGCCAUCUUUACAAUUACUAUAGAAUGCAGUGAAAAAGGCGUUGAUGGUAACAUGCAUGUCAGAAUGGGGAAGCUCCAUCUUGUAGACCUUGCGGGUUCAGAAAGACAAGCAAAAACUGGAGCUACUGGACAGCGCCUGAAGGAAGCCACAAAAAUCAAUCUUUCCCUUUCCACCCUUGGUAAUGUAAUUUCUGCCUUGGUUGAUGGAAAAAGCACUCAUGUUCCUUAUCGCAACUCUAAAUUGACUCGUCUUCUUCAAGAUUCCUUAGGAGGAAAUUCAAAAACCAUGAUGUGUGCAAAUAUUGGGCCAGCAGAUUACAAUUAUGAUGAAACUAUUAGUACAUUACGGUAUGCUAACCGUGCUAAGAAUAUUAAAAAUAAAGCUAGAAUCAAUGAAGAUCCAAAGGAUGCUUUGCUUCGUCAGUUUCAGAAAGAAAUAGAAGAACUGAAAAAAAAGCUUGAAGAAGGGGAAGAAAUAUCAGGCUCUGAUAUCAGUGGGUCAGAGGAAGAGGAUGAUGAAGAGGGUGAGGUUGGAGAAGAUGGAGAGAAGAGGAAAAAAAGAAGGGAUCAAGCAGGUAAAAAGAAAGUGUCCCCAGAUAAGAUGGUUGAAAUGCAAGCAAAAAUUGAUGAGGAGAGAAAAGCACUUGAAACAAAGCUUGACAUGGAAGAAGAAGAAAGAAACAAGGCUAGAGCUGAAUUAGAGAAACGGGAAAAAGAUCUACUUAAGGCUCAACAAGAACAUCAAUCUUUGCUAGAGAAAUUAUCUGCUCUGGAGAAGAAGGUAAUUGUUGGUGGUGUUGAUUUGUUGGCAAAAGCUGAGGAACAAGAGAAACUUCUUGAAGAAUCUAACAUGGAGCUGGAAGAACGGAGGAAAAGAGCAGAGCAACUUCGCAGAGAACUUGAGGAAAAAGAGCAAGAACGCUUGGAUAUUGAAGAAAAAUACACCAGCUUGCAAGAGGAAGCACAGGGAAAAACCAAGAAAUUAAAGAAAGUGUGGACUAUGCUGAUGGCUGCCAAAUCAGAGAUGGCUGAUCUCCAACAGGAGCAUCAGAGGGAAAUUGAAGGCCUCCUGGAGAAUAUUCGACAACUUAGCCGGGAGCUUCGACUUCAGAUGCUUAUUAUUGAUAACUUUAUACCUCAAGAUUAUCAGGAAAUGAUUGAAAACUACGUCCACUGGAAUGAAGACAUAGGAGAAUGGCAGCUGAAAUGUGUUGCCUAUACAGGAAAUAACAUGAGGAAGCAGACUCCAGCUCCUGAUAAAAAAGAGAAAGAUCCCUUUGAAGUGGACCUUUCCCAUGUGUAUCUUGCCUAUACUGAGGAGAGCCUCCGGCAGUCCCUGAUGAAGUUAGAGAGGCCACGGACGUCAAAGGGGAAAGCAAGGCCAAAGACGGGGCGAAGAAAGCGUUCUGCAAAGCCUGAAACUGUGAUUGACUCUUUACUUCAGUAAACAUUACAGACUUAAAGUCACAAUAAAAAUUAAUGAUAUUCUCAUGCCUAGACAAAAUCUUUAAUUAAAACACUGAAGACUGUUGUGUAAUUUCAGAUUAUGGAAGCUGUAAAUCAUGGAGUAAGACUGGAACUAAUAUUUUGCCUAAUAAGUCUUAGUCAGUAUAUAUAUUAAUGUCAUAUUAAAAUUGUACAACUGGUAAUUGUUCAGAUUGUCAUAUUACACUCUAUACUGUGCAGGGAACUUGGGGGAGCAGCUUACUAUACUGAGAGAGUUGCAGUUUAAUGUAUACAUAAAUCUGCUAGUGAUUUAUUCAACUACUGUAUAAUUAGGUAACUGGAUAGGCAAAAUAGAAAAAAAUAUAUAUGUCCUGUUUUGCACACAGAAAGUAGCAGAUCUCAUCAUUCUAUGUUGUGCUGUCAUAUGUGAAUGUAUGGGCUGCAUAUCUAAGAAAUUAUUUGAUCUUAACACCCACCUGGCCUAUUUAAAAAUGUUCUAAUUUUUAUACUAACAUUCAUUACAUUUUAAGUAUGAGACAACUUACGUUAUUGAUCUUUGGAAAAUUUUAUAAUUCAGCAGCCAAACUUUAGAAGUAUACAUGUUUAAAAUGCAAAAGUUGGAAACACUUUUCUUUAGGACCUCUCUUGACCUUUUUCUGCCACUUGGACUUCAAGUGAAAUACACUUUUUUGGUUCUGGUUUCAUGUUCUCUCGAAGCAUUGAGUUUGUACAUAGAUAUAAAAGUCACAGUUGCAGAAAAUUAAGAAGCUAAAUACUGGUCACUAACCUUUGCCCAUAUGUGUAUAUUUUCUAAAAUUCACUUUGAGUGUGACUAAUGGAUGCUUUUCUGCAUCUCAGUUCUAAAUUGUGAUAGGAAUUGCUCUGUAUCUCCCAAUUGAGAAAGGUCUCCAUUUUCCACAAAAUGCAAUCAAAGCAAGAAAUAUGUGUAUCUU